AUGGAUGCUGGUGGAGUUUCUUCUUCUGCUUCUUCUCUCUUCACUUCAAAGAAAUAUGAUGUUUUUGUGAGUUUUAGAGGUGAAGAUACGCGCAAUACUUUUACAAGUCAUCUUUACGCUGCUUUGGAGCGAAAGAAAAUCAAGACCUACAUAGAUGAGAAAGGUCUUGAGAAAGGAGACAGAAUCUCGCCUGCACUUCUUGAAGCAAUUCGGAUCUCAAAGAUUUCAAUUAUAGUUUUCUCAAAAGAUUAUGCUUCAUCAUCAUGGUGCUUAAAUGAGCUUGUGCAUAUACUUGAAUGUCACGAAGAAAAUAAAGAUAGGGUUAUAUACCCAUUUUCUACAACGUAG